AUGACGGGAGUUCAGAUCGACAGCUCCCGACUGCCUCCCGUGCAAGAAGUUUGCCGAGAUUUUGCUGUUUUGGAAGAUGGCGCUUUGGCCUACUGCCUGCAAGAACAAGAGAACGAGCAGCAUUACACCUCCAACAUCCAGAAGAACCAGCUGGUUCAAAAGGAUAUCCAGAUCGCCAAGAGGCUGCAGGGCAUGGAGGAGGAAGAGAGGAAGCUCCAUAACUCGGAGGAACAGAAGCAAAUCGAAGAGAGUGACUCUGAAAUUGCCCGCGCCAUCCAGGAGGAUAUUCAGAGAAAAGCCGAGGAGAGUCGCCGGCGGGAGGAGAGAGACCAGGAGCUAGCCAAGCAGUUGCAGGACUUAGAAGAGGAAGCGAUCCGACAGCAGAAGCAGAGGCUGGAGAGCUCCAGCGGUGAAAAAGGGGAUGACACCGAACCUCUGCAUUGGGUGAUAGCAAACCUGGAAUUGCAGACCCUGGAGCAGCUCCGACAAGAUGAAGAACUGGCUCAGAGGCUGCAAGAGGAAGAGCAAACUUCUGUCAGAGCCAAGAAGAACCGGGAGCGUAACGAUGACUACAGAGCUGCCCAGGUGGCUCAGGAUGAGGAGAUUGCUCGGUAUAUGCAAGAGCAGGAACUGAAAGCCCAGUGGAGAUCCUCCGGCAAGGACGGAGAAGCCGAGAGCAUCAAGGAGGCAGACAGCCUCUCUGAACGGAGGCGGAACCGAGGGCUAGAGGAGGCCCAGCCCAGCUGCGGAGCUGCAUCCCCGGCCAGAGUUCAGUCUCUGGAAAGAUCAGAUGUGCCCUCAAGAGGAGACCACGCAGACACAAAGCCCCAGCUUUGCCGGAAUAUCGCCGAAGAUCUGGACCCCACCUUUAAGGCCAAAAGAACGGAGCCUCCUCUUGAUGUGAGCACAGUCUGUUCCCAAGUACGUCCUGUUCCAGUGGACGGCCUCUUUGACUACAUGGAUGAGAUUUCGGAACCCACCUUCGUGUCCCCGACCAAACGGCAGCCAGAAAAGGCGGGCCGUCAGAAAUCCCGGGACAAAAAGGAAGGCUGCAAGCAACAGUGAGCUCCUGGUUAUCUGUCCCCCGCCCCCCUCCACUGU